AUGCCGAACGCCGUCCUCAAGUCAGAGACAGACAAGGAGACUUUAACUGUAACACACAGGCUCUUACAUACAGGAUCUGACCACGGAUCAGACUCAGAGAGGCUGGGGCCACUGGGCUGUCCUCCUGCUCCCGGCCUAGAGUACUUUCCGGUAUUUCAUCAGAGCCAGGUUCAUUCCCGUGGUGAUGGUGACACGUUAGACACUGGUGGUGAUGAUCCGUCUUGUUCUUACUCUACAGAGAUGGACUCUGGCAACAUGCUCUUGUCUUUAGAGACACAGACUGAUCUGUCUAGUGGGGACUGGAACCGGUAUAGGAGUAGUAGUGUAUACUCUGAUGGGUGCCUAGAUAAGAAAAGGGAGGUUAUAGUCGUAGAUGAAGGGGAUGGAGAUGUUCCUCUGACAUGGAAUGCAGACCAGACUCAAUUAGGAGAAGGACACUCACAAGGCAGAGAUUUCAUAGAUUAUAAGGAAAGCGUAGAGACUAAUCCAGAUGUCGCCACCCACUCCCCUUUACACGCGUUCAGGGAUCGCGACACAAUGUCCACAUCAAUGGGGUCUUCGGAUUCCCACAGACGCGUCCUUUUCGAUCAGCUAUUGAAUUCAAAAGACCAAAGGGCCAUGGCUCAGGAAGGGGGAGCAACAUCAGGCAGUAGUAAAGAGAAACGGUUCCUCUGCAUGUUCUGUAACAAAGGCUUCAGCUGCCUCCAGAAGGUGGAAAUCCACCAGAGGGUCCACACAGGGGUAAAACCCUUCAGCUGUACCCAGUGUCACAUGAGCUUUGCCCAGGCUGGCAACCUAAAGAUCCAUCAGAGGGUCCACACAGGGGUGAAACCCUUCAGCUGUACCCAGUGUCAUAUGCACUUCUCUCAUUCGUCCAGCCUGAAGAGGCACCAGAGGAUCCAUGCAGGAGAGAAAUCCUUCAGCUGCCCCCCAGUGUGAAAAUGCAUUUUCCCACCAGAACCAGCUGAAGAAGCACCUGAAGGUCCCCACGGGAGAAAGGCUGUUCGUGUGUACACACUGCGGGAAGAAGUUCAUAGAGGAGCUACCUCAGUAUACACCAGCUGAAAAACCAUUCCACUCUAUACCUGAAACCCUACAUUAAAGUCAAAGAUUCAUUUUAAUUUCAUUGUCAGCGGAAAGGUCCACAGAUACCUUUUGUAAUAACAAAAGUAACACAUUUCAGUCAUGAAUAUUCCUGGGUACAAUAUUUCAUUCAGCCAUUGUCUGUUAUAUACAGCAUAUAUAAACAUAUACAGUACCAGUCAAAAGUUUGGACACACCAACUCAUUCAAGAUUUUUUUUUUUUUUUUACUAUUCUCGACAUUAUUCGAACAAUAG